AUGUGUCGGGGAUGUUUACUGACUCGUGUUCGUCUGCUUUACAAAGGUGUCGUUUGCCCAACGAAUUGUGCUAGUUGUGACUCGACACAUGAAGACCUCCACCAUGUAUUUUUUGACUUUCCUUUUGCUAUCCAUGUUUGGAAUCGGACUGGUCUUUGGUCUUCUAUCCAACACGCUUUAGCUAGCAUCACCUCGGUUGUCGAAGCUAUUUUUUCACUAUUGGAAACUUUGUCUGUGGAACUAGGCCAACAGCUAGCAACCGUUCUUUGGAGUAUCUGGAAGAAUCGUAACCUCCGUGUGUGGGAGGACGUCGCGGAAAGUAGUGCUAUUGUUGUGGAGCGUGCUCGCAACAUGGUUGAAGACUGGAAUGUGGCUAAUUCUCCAUCUAUAUUAGCAUCUGCGACUUCACAACAAUUGUUCAUCUCUACUGAAGGAGAGGUCUCUCCCCCGCCGCCACAACCUAUCCCAAGGUGGAGAGCCCCCACGCCAGGAAGGUACAAAUGCAAUAUUGACGCUGCUUUCUCUUCUCAUCUCAACCGCACAGGUAUAGGUAUCUGUAUUCGUGAUUAUGCUGGCAUUUUUGUGUCGGCAAAGGGUUUGAGUUAUUCCUGUUAUGUUUCUACGGAUGUGGGUGAAGCUUUGGGCUUGCACUCAGAUUUACAGUGGUUGGAUGGUAUGCACUUUGAUAAUGUGGACUUCGAAACAGACUCUAAGCUGACGGUGGAGUUUGUUAGGCGACAAGCUAACGGGAUUGCUCGUGCUCUUGCAAGAGUGGCCUUGUUACUUGCUAGUCCCGCCGUUUAUUAUAAUAUACCCGAUUGUAUUGAAACUCUGAUUAUCAAUGAAAUGCUAUAA